GUUUGGGUGGGAAGUGAGUGUUAGUGAGUGUCUAUGGAAAGCAUUUGAAUGAAAAGAAUUUCGAAUUGAAAUGAAUUUAAAAUCCUAUGAAAUAUAACAACAAAACAAUCAGACGUUUAUUGCAACCAAAGGAGACACCAAUACAUCAUUUCAUUGAUAUUUAUUUCAUUCAUUCAUUCAAAGCAUUUGAUCCAUAAAUCCAACUCUUGUGCGAACUGUCACUCAAUCUGCAAAUUGAGGUCCAAUUGGUGCCAUCGAUGACUCAAUUGCCGGAUCCGUUUGGAGUGCAGCCAUCGGGUGAGUCGUGUCUAUCACUCGUCAAAGAGGACGAUAUGAACCAAAACGAGGCGCCGAUGGGGGACGACAUGAACGACGCCAAUCUCAAUGCAGAUAAUGCGGCAAAUUUCGAAUGGGAGUAUUCGAUGAGACGACAGAUGCAAGAGAUAGUGCCUCGUCUGUGGUUAGGGCCGUACGCCUCGGCCCUCAAGACUAAGGAGGACGAGUUGUGUCGAGUGGGUGUCACUCACAUCAUAUGCGUCCGCCAGCAGAUAGAGGCGCAUUGGAUUCGACCCAACUUUCCCCUGAAGUACCACUACUUGACGCUCGACAUCGCAGACACUCCCACACAAAACAUCAUUCAGUACUUCCCAUCCGUGACUAAAUUCAUAGACGACUGUUUCGAGCGGAACGGAGCCGUCUUAGUGCACGGAAACGCCGGCAUCUCCAGGAGUGCUGCGCUCGUCAUCGCAUACAUUAUGGAGAAACAAAAUUUGUCUGCUUCCCAAGCGAUUCGAGUCGUGCAGAACAAGCGGUUCUGUAUUUUCCCGAACGAAGGCUUUCGACAACAGCUUCAAGAAUACGAACCCAUUCUUAAAGCCAGAGGAAUACCC